AUGGCAUCCCUUCGAUCUCGCUCCUUGACUCUUCGUGCCUUGCGCGCAUCCUCAACUACUUCAAGACCAACUUGCCGACUUCAGAUCACCCGGCCUUCAACGGCGCUUCAACAACCACAAUUCUUCCGCAGUCACUCUACAUCCUCUGUCUCCGCCGAUGAAGUGUCCCAUUUCUCCGGCCUCGCCAGCUCAUGGUGGGAUCCAAUGGGCCCCUCGCGAAUCCUGCAUCUGAUGAAUCCCCUCCGCCACGAGUUCAUCGCAUCAUGUCUCGCCGAAGGUCCCCCACCUUCAGAUCCCCAAUCUACUAGCGCAAACCCCGCAAACCUACACUACCUCGAUAUCGGAUGCGGUGGUGGUAUUUUCGCCGAAUCCCUUGCGCGCACUAUCCCACUCGACCCCUCCGCCGAUGCACCGACACCCACGCGCGCCGCAUCAAUGACAGCUAUCGAUCCCACGACCGCCCUGAUCCAGAUCGCGAAGAACCAUGCUCGCCUGGAUCCUACAGUGGACGCACACCUUCGCAGCGGAAAAUUCCGCUACCUGAACACCACCCUGGAAGAUGUGCUUGCUUCUGAAUCUGAAUCCCCAUCCCCAUCUUCAUCCUCUGUUACACAUCCGCAAUUUGACGUCGUUUCCCUUUUUGAAGUCAUUGAGCACAUAGAUUUCAAGACUACCACUCCAGAGGCAUUCCUUGCUAACUGCCUGCGUGCGGUGAAGCCUGGUGGUUGGCUCGUCGGCUCCACUAUCGCGCGCACAUUCCCGUCAUUCCUGUUGAAUCAGGUUAUCGCGGAGGCACCAUGGCCGAUCGGUGUCGUGCCGCGUGGUACGCAUGAGUGGAGCAAGUUUGUGAACCCAUCCGAGUUGCAGGCUUGGUCGCAGGAGGGUUUGAUGCGGGCCGCUGACACCGGUGUUACUCGUGCGGGGGCUGCUGCCCUUGAAGGCACGCAGUGGAAGUGUGUGGGUACUAUUUAUGUGCCUGGUUUGGGAUGGAAGAUGGUUCCUGGAUCUGAGGAUUGGGGCAACUACUUCUGGGCCAUAAAGAGGGGCAUUUGA